AUGGGCAGCCGCCCGGCCGACGUCGUCUUCUGCGUCGAAGACACGGUGGGCUUGAAGGGCGACAAGCUCAGCAUUGGCGUGGUAGACCGCUGCUUUGGCGAUGUCGACAGCCACUCUCCGCGGCCCCAGCGUGACUAUGGCGAGGACAUUGAGCGCCACGACCAGGUCUCGGCCGAUGACUUUGACAAGUUCAUGUGGAGCGGCAUCCCCCCGAAAGGCACCGUCCUCGUGUCCUGGCAGACCAAAUACAAGACGGAGCUUAUCCCCGAAGCACGGCUGGAGCUGCUCGACAGGGCCUUGUAUGUCGGCGAUGUCGUCAAGCGCACCUUCAAAGAUGCCAUGAGCGGCACCGUCAUUGGGACCAAGGCCGUGUGCACCCUCUUCCCCGCGACUAUGUUCAACCCCGCCAACCUCCACCAAGCCCUCAGCGAGGACCACUCGAUACGCGUCGUCCCCGCAGAAGAGCUCAUCAACGUGCACGAAUACGUUGAAGGGGCCCUGGUUGUCUACGGGGACUGGGUUGGUCGCAUAGACCAGGUCUUUGACGAGGUCGCCAUCAAGCUGGCAAACAACUCGGUGGUCGUCGUGGAAGACCCGGAAGAUUUGGAAUACGAAGAUCUCAUGAUUGAGCGCCUGAGCGUCGGGGACAUGGUGAAGACGAAAAAGGGCAACUUGCGGAGAGGUCGCUGGAGAUACGGUGCUUUCGACCCCAACGUGCGCCCCCACGGAACGGUCGUUGAGACACGAACCGUCUGGAUUGACGUACGGUGGCUGACGAGGAGAAUCGGCCCUGGCGCACCGGAGGAGCAUGAGGAGCCCCCUGCUCGUCUCUUCACCGACGAAAUGGAAGAUCCCAGUUUCCGCAUAUACGACGCAGCACGUUCAGCCGACAUUUCGUUGCCUCUCGCUGCAAAUGGUACCGACCGGUCUUACCAGGUCGCAGAAGUUGCCGUCGGGGACCGCGUGCGAUUUAAAGACAUUGCAGGUGCAGCGGUCAAAUACGACGGUUCGGUGACCCUGCCGAAUGGCUACCCACAGGGAAAGGUCACACGACAGAUGCGCACAGAAACCUUGGGAUACGAUAUGAAUGUUUUCCACGUAAUGCAAACACACACAAAGGUCACGGUGCAAUGGCAGGAUCUCACUGUUACCGAAGAUCUGAGCCCCUCGUUGAUCCCCGAUCCCAACGUGGAAGAUGACGACGAGGUCUGGCCAGGGGAAGUCAUAUGCACCAAGGAAGAAGCUGAGGGCCCGGGACCUGAUGUACCCUGGACUUUCAGACCAGCGAAGGUUGGCAUCGUACAGGCUGUCAAGUCACACGACCGGAUAGCUACAGUUCGAUGGUUCGAGAAUCCCACUAUCCAAUUUCUCGACGAAGACAUAAUACCUCCCUCGGAAACCGGGAAGCUGUGCGAAGCUACAGAAGAUGUUAGUCUAUAUGACAUUCGCUCGUCUCCGAGCUUGACCCGCCGACGCGGCGACUUCGUACUCGUUCACCCUAACUCUAUCGAGCCUCAAGUGCUGCCCAACAAUCUGCAAGGACCUUCAUGGUUCGGAGAGGUCAUAGAUCUAGGCCUAGACGGCAAGAUCACAGUUAGGCUGGGUGCUGCGGAACCGACUCUUGAUGUCCGUGUACCUUCCGAAAGGGUCACACUGGCAUACAGCAGUGACAUGGACAAUCUCGGCAUGGAGGGCUCAGAAGACGAUGAUGAAGAGGAUUCGGAUGAGGAGGAGAGCGUCUCAGACUUCGAUUCUGCGUCCUUUAAUGAGAUGUGGAUCGAGUAUGAGGGCAUGGAUGGCGAGCCUAUCGAGGGCAAUGAAGAGGAUUGGUCGACAGAAGAUGAAGAGGAUUCUGAUGGCGACAUCUCCAUGCCCGAUCUUGUUCGUUCAGACGAUGCUGCAACCUCGAAUACCACUCCUGAUGCACACUCGGACGCUGACAAAGCACCUCAACCUCCACAAGCGCAGAGUAAUGGAACUACAGCAGCUGUCGAGGACACUAACGGAGCAUCACAUCCGCCGUCAGACGCGAUAACAUGCACUGGCCCCGAGCCUUUCUUAAUUUUAGAUACCCCGCCGCCGAACGACCAUCACUAUAUCACAAAGAGCCCGGCUUCAUCGUCAUCUUCCAUGCGCCGCAUCGCCAAAGAACACAAAAUCCUCCGCACCUCGCUUCCUCCAAACAUCUUCGUCCGCACAUGGGAAUCACGCAUGGAUCUGCUCCGCGUCCUGAUGAUCGGACCUGAAGACACUCCCUACGAAUAUGCGCCCUUCGUCAUCGACUUCUAUCUCUCGUCGGACUAUCCACAAUUCGCGCCCGAAGCUUUUUUUCACAGCUGGACCAACGGCAACGGACCCGUAAACCCCAACCUAUACGAGGACGGCAAGAUCUGUCUGAGUUUGUUGGGCACGUGGCAUGCAGACGAGCGUAACGAGAGUUGGACACCGGGAAAGAGCACGUUACUCCAGGUUCUUGUGAGUAUCAUGGGCUUGGUGCUGGUCAAGGACCCCUACUAUAAUGAGGCGGGGUACGACGUCCAUCGUCAAGCACAAGAAACGAGGCCGAGCAGCGCGCUGUACACCGAGCGCUCGUAUUUCCGGACGAGGGCGUUCAUCGUGCAUGCUCUUACCAAAGAUGUUGCGCCCUUUGCCGAGGAACUGCGAUACCUCUACCGGAACGAGGACGAAGGUGCGCCGCGGUUGCUUGACAAAGCCAUCGAAGCGUCAAAAGCGGUGCUCGAACGAAGUGCACAGGACAACAACGAGGAGCGCGACGGCCUACGACGGAUCAGUUUGGGUGCCACAGUCAUGCUCAAGAGACAGGUGGAGAAGCUGGAGGAGCUGAAGGCACAACCCAAGUCAGCGUGA